UGUGUAUAAGACACAGAUCACAGAGGUGAGCUGUGGAUAGGUUAUUUCGGUUGUCAAAUUCACAUUUAAAUUGAACCAAACGUUUUCAAGUUUGUUUUAACAUGUUUUACAGUGAAGUUUUGAAGAAUGUGCCCAGCAACUGGAGCCCCAUGACCACCGAUGAUAGAUAUAUGAAGAAACCAUUAAUGCCUUACACUGAAGAAUUUGCGAAAGUUAUAGAACUUCUAUGCAAAAGGCAAUAUUACGGAAGGCAGUUUGGAAUUUUUCGGAUACAGAACCCGCUUCUUUGGAGCAAAUUUCUGCUACGAAAGUCAGAAUAUGACCAGAGAGGCCCUGUUGAGAUUAAAACCCUAUAUCAUGACACGUCGAUAGCGAAUGCUGAGUCAAUUAUCGAAUUCAAUUUCGAUUGGCGAAUGGGGCAGAGAACAAAGUAUGGACAAGGAGUUUAUUUUUCCGUUGAAGCCAGCGCAGCCUUUAGACAUAGUACUAAAGAUGGCAGUCGUCUAAGGGCUAUGUUUGUGGUGGAUGUGUUGGUGCAAAACGUUCAAGAAGGUCAGCCAAAUAUGUGCUUACCAGCAAUUGGCUUUGACACUAUUUUGGCUAAUAAUAAUAAUACUUACGUGAAGUUUUUUGAUUCGGAAUACUAUCCCAAAUAUUUCAUGGUAUAUGAACCGAACCCUUUUUUUUUCUAGUUUCAAACUUUUACCGUGAAGGGUAGGUCAAAUUGACUCCAAUUGCAACACGUUAUAGAAUAUUGUUAUUAAAAUGUAGUUUUUAACAUCAACUUUACGAAUGGACGCUAUUUUGUAUGAUAUUUUAUGAUAACGAAUCCACUUCAUCAGCCUCGAUUCCUACUGAACCACUGCCUUCCAAAGUCUCCAGUAGGUAAGCAGCCACGUAACAUGCAGACGCAUUUUGAAGUCGUACGACACGAAACGAGUAUGCACUGAAACAAAAUGUAUCUGCAAAAAGGAAUGCAUGAGGCAUCGUAAUAAAACAACGCAUGGGAGAAUCCAACAUAUUUUUUUAACUUACAGGACGAUAUGAAUAUGCUACCUAUCGCCUUUAUCAAUUGAAGCAAUGAAAUAACCACACACGGUUAGACCCCCGAUUUACUGUGAAAUUUAAAAACGUGGUGCGAUUCAAUUCAAAGUAAUAGCAGUACAAAAAAUAUUUACUAAUUAUUCUUAGAAGCAAAACAAACAUGUGACCAAAAAGUGACCAUUCUUUGACUUGCCCUCAUAAUUUCAAGGACACUUUUUAUACUAAUGUGAGAAACAAAGCCUGAAAAUGCGUCAAACUCUUAGCCAGUAGGUACAUAUGCCAUGACGCAUAUUUUGUGAUAAUGAAAGUUUCUUGUUGGUUACAAGUGAAAUUAAUCUAAGAUUUAGAUUUAAGAUCAAAUGCAAAUGUUGCAAUAUUUUUAUGUAUGUUAAUAAUAUAAUUAAUCAUACAAAUAAAUAUUUUAGUGCAUUUGUUAAUACAUUUUUAAGAGCGGUUAAAAAAGGCCUUUGAAAAGUCAGAGUUUAGUUAUUAAGUUUUUAUACUUACCUACUGUUUAUUAUUUGUUACUUUGGACAUGUUUUUGACUGGGUUACCAUUAAUUACGAUUAUUAGAUAUACUGUAUAAGAUUAGUUUACAAGCCUUAUUUGUCAGGCACUUUUUUAUACUCUGUUGUUGAUUUGCCAUUUGACCAACUUAUUAUGCUAAAUAAGUGUAAGUUGCCCCUGGAAAUGCAUUUCUUUUGCAGCCCAUUCAAAGCUUCUGAACUUCGAUUUCGGAAAACCAAAUCGAAUCUAAUACCUCGAACAACCGUUUAUAAAAAUAUGUUAUAUGUGAAAUUGUUAACCAUUGAACUUUUUAUCCCAUAGGUGAAUCAACAUAUCAGUCAUGACAAAUAUAUAUUAUUUUUACACUUUUA